AUGUCGCUCGUUGCUGCAGCCCCAAGAGGGGCCGAUUCAACAGCUAUCGCACCGGCGAAGCAAGAACAGGAUGCUAUAGAGAGGACUUCAAACCUCGAGGCCCCGACGCUUCGCCUCACUGGGCACACAGGGGAGUUGUAUGCUGUUCGCUUUUCUGCUGACGGCCGAAAUGUGGCAACAGCUGGAGCGGAUAGAACUGUCUUGAUUUAUAAUGUCUACGGAGAGCCCCGCAGCUGGGUGCAGCUGCGGGGCCACAAAAGCGCCAUUCUCGACUUGGCCUGGAACGACGACAGCACGCGAGGCGGGCGCGGAGGGCCUGGGCGUGGGGGCUUGGUGGCUGCAGCAGCAGCUGCUGCGCUGCGGCAGCAGCAGCAGCGCGGGCUUCGCCGCUGCAGCAGCAGCAGCAGCAGCAGCAGCAGGGGCGUGUUGCGCAGGCGUCUGUACACCGCAAGUGCGGACGAAAGUCUGGCCAUUUGGGACUUGGAAACUGGAGAAAGAAUUCGGAAAUUAAAAGGACAUUUGUCAGUUGUGAAUGCAAUAAGUGUUUUUGGAUUGCGGACAACUUCUCCAGUUCCGGUGUACGGACACGCUGCUGCUGCUGCUGCUGCAGCGGGCGCCGCCCCAGCAGCAGCAGCAGCAGCAGCAGCAGCAGCAGCAGCAGCAGACGCCGCCCCCGCGCUCCGCGACGCCGCCGAACCCGACCCCGACGCCCGCCCCCCCCCCAGCAGCAGCAGCAGCAGCAGCAGCAGCAGCAGCAGCAGCAGCAGCAGCAAAAGCUACUUCUUCUCCACAGGCAGCAGCAGCUACAGCACGAAGCAGCUGCUGGCUUCUGGGGGCGAUGAUGGCACUGCGAGGGUUUGGGACUUGAGGGUUCGCAAGUGCGUCCUCAAGGCCCAGCACCACUACCAGAUUCUGUCUGUGGCGCUGGACGGCGUGGGGUGCCGCGUGUUUGCGGGGUCUCUGGACAACACAAUCCAAGAAUUUGACCUCCGCAGCGGCAUGCGCCCCUCCGCCGUCCUCGAGGGCCACCUCGACUCCGUCACUGGGCUGGACAUACACCCCGACGGCACCCACCUGCUCAGCAACGGCAUGGACCACACGGUUCGUUUAUGGGAUGUGCAGCCUUUUCUGGCGGGGCAGAAGAGACAAAAGGCAGUUCUGAGAGGGGCCAUGCACAACUUUGAGAAGCAGCUGCUACGGGUGCACUUUAGCUGCGACGGCAGCUACGCCGUUGCAGGCUCUUCAGACCGCUGCGUUUGCAUUUGGGAUUUGGAGACAAUUGGCAGCAGCAACAGCAGCAGCAGCAGCAGCACGAAGCAGCUGAUUUAUCGCCUGCCAGGCCACACAGGAUCGGUUAACGAUGCUCAUCUGCACCCGCUGGAGCCCAUUGUGGCUUCGGCCAGCUCUGACAAGACCUGCCUCAUGGGGGAGCUUUCUUAG